GGCAUCAUGCCGCCAGCAAUUUUACAAACAACUGCAGCCAAGACAGGUUGGAAAAUUUAGAAUGGCAACAACUGCAAGAGAAGAGAUGAAGGCUUUUUGGAAACGAAAUGAGCGCCUCAGGAGACCUGUAUCACCUCAUGUCACAAUUUGGAAAUGGCAGCUUCCCGCAAUCAUGUCAAUCGUGCACCGUGGUAUGGGUAUAGCUUUAACUACAGGUUUAUAUGGAUUUGGAAUAGUUAUGCUCAUGGUACCAACAAACUUUGCAGACACGUUAGAUAGAAUCAAGUCCUGGUCAGUGGGGCCAGCUUUGAUAUCAACUUGUAAAGCUGGCAUUAGUGUCGCCGCUGUUUACCACACCUUCAAUGGAGUCAGGCAUUUGAUGUGGGAUACAGGUCGUGGGUUCAACAUGCACAUCCUUUACAGAUCAGGCUUUGUAGUUAUAGGACUUUCUGCUGUGUCUGCUGUUGCCCUCUUCUUAUGGAAACCUUAGAUAUGAAUGGGCAAAAAUUUGAAAUAUCUACCUGUACCAAGAGUCAACAGAGUAGCAGUUGUUGGAAUAGCAAUGGAAUUUACAAAAACUGUAUAGACUUUCAAAAUCUGCUUCAAAAAUGUUUGAUUUAGAAACUAAAGUGAUAGAUAUUGAGAUAUUCAAUUAAUUUGAAUUAAUAAAUUAUGUUUUGAUUUUGAAAUGUUGAGGUUUUUCAUUUAUAUAUGUACUGUAAUAUAUACUGGUACGUUACUUUACAGGUCUACCAUGUUGUAUAACUUUGUAAACCAUGCUGGGGUUACAAAGCUAUACUGUAUUAAUUUUAUAAUUCAAAAUUGGCCUUUCCAGUGUGUCAAUCAACUGACCAAUCAGAAUAUUGCUAAAAUUAUGUGCUUUGUGGGCUUAACAGAAAGGACAGCUUAGGUCACAAUUAUUUAUUAAUUAAUAUUUUGUUAGCAACCAUUUAGUUGAGAAAAACCUAUGAAGUAAUCACAAUAUUCAAAAUGAAAACAACGCUGACAGUUAUUCGGAAAUUCAUAUACUGUAUUUCAAAUUUAUUUUUUCUAUGGCUAGUUAAAUUGCAUUUAAAAAAUUCAUAAAUAUUUAUUAAUUAAUGAUUGAGUGUGCAGUGAAAAGUUAGCAUCCUUAAAAAACGUAUAAAAUUAUGGACCUUAAAUGAAAAAAAUGUAUGAAACAUGUAAACUUAACUUGCACCACACAUCAUGCAUCAGAUCUGUUUGUGAAUUAUUUAUCAAUGCAUCGUAGUUCUUAAAUCCAAAAACAUUUUUGUUAAGUGUACAAUCAUGGCAAUUUAAACACGUCUGUAUUAAUAAUA